AUGCUAGGGUCCACCAAGCUAGGGUCCACCAAGCCAGGGACCACCAAGCCAGGGAUCACCAAGCUAGGGACCACCAAGCCAGGGACCACCAAGCCAGGGACCACCAAGCCAGGGACCACCAAGCCAGGGACCACCAAGCUAGGGACCACCAAGCCAGGGACCACCAAGCCAGGGACCACCAAGCCAGGGACCACCAAGCCAGGGACCACCAAGCCAGGGACCACCAAGCUAGGGACCACCAAGCUAGGGACCACCAAGCCAGGGACCACCAAGCCAGGGACCACCAAGCCAGGGACCACCAAGCUAGGGACCACCAAGCCAGGGACCACCAAGCCAGGGACCACCAAGCCAGGGACCACCAAGCCAGGGACCACCAAGCCAGGGACCACCAAGCUAGGGACCACCAAGCUAGGGACCACCAAGCCAGGGACCACCAAGCCAGGGACCACCAUGCUGAAGCUUAAGAUAAAGUGA